CUUCAUCUUUUUCUCACGGUGUGUCCUACGAAGAACGAGACGAGAACGAGAAUACGGACGACCGACGACGACCAGUCGUGUCGUUCUGGAUGUGCGCGCGCGUGCCGAUCGAUCGAAAAAUAGCCGGCGAGUGAGAGAGCGAACGAGCAAGCAAGCGAGGAAGCGAGCGAAGGCGGUACUUCGACGAGAGCUACUCGUUUCGCAAGGUUCUCGCGAACGUCGUACCGUCGGCUUUAAGAGCUCCAACGGCUCACGAGAGAUUCCAAGAGGAAAAGGAAGAAGAAAGGAAGAAGAUGACGAAGGACGGCAUCGCGAUGGAUUAUAGUACCCAACGUUCGAGCUGACCGAACGUUGAAAAGUUCGAUCGUUCGAGAACGACGCGGAGUCUCUUCGUCGUCGAUCUAUCUUCUCUCGUGUUGUCCUCGCGUCGUGUCGUGUCGUGCGCGCGCGCGCACGCCCGACCGUCCACUGACCGUGCCGCGUUCGCUCCUAGUGUGUGUCGUGUGCUCUGCCUCAAGCCCGUUGAUUUGUCGCCGCUUGAGAAAGGUGGGGAUAACGGGAGUGGGACAGGCUGUGCGUGCGUGCGAGAGAGACAAGCCGACGAACAAAGUGGGACGAAGAAAAAAGGCACCACCUAGUGACAGUUCCUUCUUUUUUCUCCCUCUCCUUCUCCCUCUACCUCUACCUCUUUUCUUUCUUUCUCUCUGUUCCUCUCGCACCAUAUUAGAAUACUAAUCCUACGAUAGAGCGAGCGAUCCCUUGUUUUAAGAAGAAAAACGAUAUCAGUGACUAUGCUAAUUCGUACGGACUUGGACUUGGACUUGGUUGCGAUUUGUUUAAUUUCAGCGAAUGACAGGACGAAUGUGCUUUGCCACGGAGGAGAGAGAAACCAAGACCGGCGUUACCUUUCGGCCGCAGGAAAAUUGUUCUCGUAGGCGGGGCCUAAGGUCGGGGACACGUGACACCGAGGAAACUGUCACGCCGCCCUUGUCCUCCCCCUCUCCAACCCCAGCCAACUUCUCCUCCUCUUUCGCUUCGUCACCCCCACCAUACACACCUAUCCUAACAUCGUCGGACUACCGAAAAGUUAGAAUUUUGGAGGUGUGUUAUGCGAAGGAAGUGCCUUUUCUAUUUGAUCUGUCCUAAAAAUGGAGAAACGUUCGCCUCUCGUGGAAUCCCAUUUGCGCCUGAAAUGUCGUGAAAUUUCGGAAGAAAAACGAUGACGACGGAGAAACGACGUUUCUUAUCGUUUUCCUGGUGGAUUUUGAUUUUUAAUUUAGAGUCCCCAGACAUGCUUUCUUUUAGAUCGUACUUUGAUGCACGAAUCACGUGGCACGGAAGAUCGUUCAACGUUUCAGGUUGGUGAAGAGAACGAUGAGAUUAUCGACGAAGGAGUGUCGAUCCGACACCUGAGAGAAAGAGAGAACAUCGUGGAGAAAAUGCAGCAAGCUAGCGUGGGUGGCUGCGAAGGGGAUUUGGAUCAGCGGAGGAGUCCGUGUGCAAGGUCUCCGCAGGUGAAGUGCGAGCCGUCGAGCGACAACAGAACUAUUAGCAGCGAGCUGCUCGAUAACGGCAGAGUGAAAGUGAAGCUGGAGAUGCCGGAGCCUACCGAAGGUUACGAAUCUAAGCCCGAAUCACGAGGAAAUGAUUAUCAUCAUCGUCCGGAUUUGGACUACGGUUACGAACGAAAACCCGAAGCUUUUCUCGGAAAAUUCGAGAGCUCUGAUUAUCCCGCUCACUGUCAAGGGAUAGGAGGAGGAGGAACAGGAGGAGGAACAGGGACAGGAACAGGAACAGCAGGAGGAGGAGGGACAGGAGGAGUUUAUCAACGUCCCGAUAUAACAAAUUCGACUUUCGGUUUUCCUCGUUUUUAUGGACCACCUACGAGCGCACCACCUCCGCGCUUACCGGAUGCUUUCUCGAGUAGACGUAUCGACGAGCCUAAACACGAGGAUCAUCACGAUCGAGAACGAUCGUCGCACGAUCGACACGCAGCUUAUAGGAUGGCGGUAUCCGCGCUCACAAACGACGGCUACCUUCGUGAUCAUCAUCAUCAUCAUCAUCAUCAUCAUCAUCAUCAUCGACCUCCUCAUCCUCAUCAUCCUUCUUCACUUCCUUCUCAUCAUCACCAUCAUCACCAUCAGCAGCAACAACAGCAGCAAUGCUUUGACGAUUAUCAUCGAGCUAAGGCAUCGGCUUAUCCAUCCUUAUCCUAUCCACCCUUCAGACCGUCGUCCGUGCCACAACGUGCUCCUUACGGUCCUAAUCAUCAGAACAAUAGCAUCUACAGGACCACCGGACAAUAUCAAAACAGGCAACAACGAAAGUGGAGCAACGCGACGGCUUCUCUUCGUGGGUUGCAACCAUCGAUACCCUGGCCAACGUGGUUCUUCCGGCCUGAUUUACCUCUCGCUUCGGCUCUGCCUACCAGUCACGUUGCAAAUUCUAGCAACGUCAGCAGUUCGAACGUUUUGUCAUCUAGAUCUCAUCAGGAUGUUCAAAAGGGAUCGGAGAAUCCUUACAGUAACAAUAGGAUUCAUGGACAAACGCCGACUAUCUGUACGUCUAUAAGAUGUACCGUCACUGGCUGUACCUGCGAGUCUUUUACUCCUGGCAAACGUCAUCUUCGUUAUUGCGGAAAAUGUCAUCACGGAUGGGUGCCGCACGGUAAGCGAACUCCUCUCUCAUUAAAGUCGUAGAUGAUUUGCGGUUUUCGAACGUGAGUAACAGUACCAACGAUACGACGUAAUAUCGAGCCCAACAUAAACAUAAUUACAUCGAUGUAGAUUACGUUCUGUUUCCACGUUAAAUCGAGACUUCACUUUUCCGUCCUAUCUGCCGUUCAAUUAAGCCACGACUUUCACCCUCUUUAUUAAUAUAUUUUGUGGAUAAGUCUUCUUGAACUUUCGUCUUAUCGGAUCUUAGGACGAUGUCGAUCAAGAAUAAAAGGGAAAACUUAUUAACUUACGAAGAUAGAAAUAUAACUUGGCCCUUAUGAAACACAUAAAUCUACGUCAAUGCUCUAUAUCAAAGUAUUCAUUAAUUUUACAUACUCGUUGAGUAUCACGUUUAUUCCCGUAAAAUAGUAUUCCAAGCGUUGUAUUAUUAACGAGGAUAAUAUUUAAAUGUGGAUCAUAGUUAGAAAGAAAAUAUAUAUGAU